GAGCAGGCAAACCUCGCCCCGAGUCGGAAAGGAUAUCGCCUCAGCGUUCGCGUGAAUCUACAAGUAUCCACCUCGCCCCAGCGUUCAUCAUCAGAAAUAAAUCUCCAUCUCGCGAUUGCGCUGGUCGCCUGAGCAGCAUCGAACUAAGUCCGGCCGGCACCAAUGGACGUGGAGCGCGCCACCGGCACGGCGGUGUUUUGGACGCCGCACUCAUUUUACGACCCGAGGCGGCCGGAGCCCGUGGCCGUGGGUGCGCCAGCACCCAAUCCUUUCGAGUGGCCGCCGCGGCGGCGGAGGCCGGCCCGGUGGGUGCCGUUCAGUUGGCGGACGUACGAUCCCGAUCCGCCGGUCGUCGUCCCUGGAGCGGCGCCGCCGUACAGGAACGGCGGCUUCGGCGCCGUCCCGGCGUCGGAGAAGGCCAUCGCUGGCCUGCCCAGGACCACGGCCGGCGAGGCGAGGGAGAAGGGCUGCUCCGUGUGCAUGGAGGCCUUCGAGGAGGAGGACAUACUGAGGAGGCUGCACUGCUCCCACGCGUUCCACGAGGAGUGCAUCUCCGUGUGGCUCGGCGUCAGCCACCUCUGCCCGCUCUGCCGCUUCGCGCUGCGUACACAGGGCCAGGAGGACGAGGAGGAGCGUACGGGCCGCCAGUAGAUGGCUGGCCUGCUAUCUGAGGAUUCAGAAUUCAAAAUCCGAUCAUCUGUAGUUUUUGUAACCUUUCGUUUUUCUUCUUCAUUAUCAUCUUGCUUAUCGUGUAAUCUAGGGACUUCUAGUUCGCGCGGGGGUCGAAAGAUAGCCUACUAUCGCGCACCCCUCAUGCCACCCGCGAGCGCUUUGAGCCAACCCAU